GUUGGACUUUGGUUUGGCCCACUGUCUAAAUAAUAGAAGAGGCCCAAUUGCAAAUAUCUCUGGAGUUCGAUCCUGCCAUGGCGCUUCGAUUCGUGGUGAGGAGAAUUCUGUCCUCUUCACCGCCGUUCGCCCGGAAAUCGACGGUCUCCGGCGAUAUCUCAACAGUUGCCGGUAGCCGAUUUUCCUCUUCGUCAUCGUUUUUUUUCCCGAAGCCUGAGAAGAAAGUGACCAACGAUCGUCUCGCCUCCGUUAUUGACGCCGUCAACGACGGGAAACUCCCGCCGGAGCUCCGGGGACAGCGCAACAACGUCAGAUCAGAAACUGACAUCAUCAACGUUGUCGAGCAACGAGUAUGGCAUGCAAUGGAAGAAGGCCAAUUCGAAAACUUGCCUGGAAAAGGAAAGCCCCUGAACCUGAACAUCAACCCCCAUGUGGACCCCGCAGAUGAUACCCUCUAUAGGAUUCUCAACAAAAACGGGUUCGCCCCAGAAUGGGUCGAACUCAACAAGGAGAUACGAUAUAGAAUUUCCGAGUGGCGAAUAUCCCUCAAGAAAGCGUGGGUGCAUAAAGGCGGGCCUGAUGAAUCCAAGUGGCACGAGUCAUCCGAGGCGUUAAAACUCCAACCUCUUGAUGAUACUUUGCAGGUCCUUCAUUACAACCUAAUUGUUCCAUUUGGGCGCCAGAUAUUUGGAUUCAAGUGGGAGAGAGAAAUAGAUAAGCUCAAAGAUGAAACUCAGAUAAAUUAA